AUGCGGGUGUUCAAAUGGAGCCCAAAUUUUGAAGCAGAAAAAGAAUCGUCGAUUGUCCCGAUUUGGAUCUCUUUUCCCAAUUUAAAAGCCCAUCUUUAUGAGAAAUCGACAUUGCUGUUAAUUGCUAAAACUAUGGGUAAACCUUUGUUUAUUGAUGAGGUGACUGAUAAUGGUUCUCGGCCUAGUGUAGCUCGAGUUUGUGUGGAAUAUUAUUGCAAGAAUGCUCCGGUUGAAGAGGUUUGGAUUGUGAUCAAAUAUCAGGUCACUAGGGCUAUUAUUAGAGGCUACGCACAGAGAGUUGAGUUUUCAAAAAGGCUUGAUUAUUGUGAGCAUUAUUGUCAUGUGGGACACUUGACUUCAACGUGUUUGGUGUUAGGCAAUCGAUUAGAAAAUCUAAGGAAGCCACCGGGGAAUAAGACUUUGAGAGAUGAUGGAAAAGAGCUGCAAAAGAGAGAUGCAAAUUUGCUACAAAAAGAAGCAAAAAGAACAAAACCGUUGAUGGAAGUCUAG